GUCUCCAAGACUGUUGUUGCCUGAUAUCAGUCUCCAUCUGUACACUCCAACCUUACUUACAGAUGAGGAAACUGGGUCCCAGAAAUGUCCAGUCACUUAGAGAGUAGGUGGCAGAAUCAGAAUUUAAAAUAACUUUAAGUUGAGACAAGAGGAAAUUAUAGUUAGUUCCCAGAAAGGAAAAAAAAAAUCCUAAUGGCAAAGAUCCUGAAUUCCUAUAUCUUGAUCUACAAGGAAUUACAGAAUCUCCCUCUCUGAAGAUCUGUAAGCACAGGAAUGACAUCCAUCCCUCUGGUGUGGCUGCAGUAGAGUCCCGCCUGGAGGAGGAGGGACAGGAUGACUUAUAGAAAUCUCUUUCAGCCCUAGGAUCCUACAGUUGAUUUGUUCUUGUCCAUGCAUGAAGGAAGGGAUUUAGAGCUGCUUGCUGAGUGGUAGGCAGUAGAGCUAAGUAGUAGCAGCAGAAGAAACAGUUGUUUCAAGUUCGAAUCCCAAAUUUGCUACAAUGUGACUGAGUCUCAUUUUACUCCUCUUCUCUUUCACCCAUUAUUUGAUAGAUGAUAACAUUUCCAAGGUUUCUAUGUUUGGAGGAAUAAGGAAGUGAUCGAAAUGGCCUGGACUUCAACAGACAGAUCAAAACUGAAGACCUCAGCGAUUCCUUGCAGCCACAACUAUCACACAGGCCGUGCCACCUGUCUCAAGGACCUGCUAUGAUGUCAGGAAACCAGAUGCCUGGGGAUAUGGCUUCUCUCCAUCCUCUCCAGCAACUUGUACUGGUUCCCAGUCACUUGCAAUCUGUGUCACAGUUCCUGCUGUCUCAGUCUCAGUCUGGGCAACAAGGUCUACAGUCAAAUCUUCUCCCAUUUCCUCAGCAACAAAGCAGCUUCCUCCUCCCACAGACUGGACCUGGCCUGGCAUCUCAGGCAGUUGGUCGCCCUGGGCUGCCAGGAUCAUCUUUAGACUCCCAUCUGGAUGUAUCACAACAUAUUCAAGUCUCCAAACAUUUGCCCAACUCUGGAGGGCCAGAUGAACCCAGUGAUCUGGAGGAAUUAGAAAAGUUUGCCAAAACCUUCAAGCAGAGGCGCAUCAAGCUCGGUUUCACUCAGGGCGAUGUAGGACUGGCAAUGGGGAAGCUAUAUGGCAAUGACUUCAGCCAGACCACCAUCUCCCGAUUCGAAGCCCUCAACCUGAGCUUCAAGAAUAUGUGUAAACUCAAACCGCUUCUGGAAAAGUGGCUCAACGAUGCAGAAUCCUCUCCUUCAGACUCCACUGUGAGCACCCCCAGUUCUUAUCCUUCCCUCAGUGAGGUUUUUGGCCGGAAAAGGAAGAAGAGGACCAGCAUCGAGACUAAUAUCCGCCUGACUCUGGAAAAGAGAUUUCAAGAUAACCCCAAACCCAGCUCUGAGGAGAUCUCCUUAAUUGCUGAACAGCUCUCCAUGGAGAAAGAGGUAGUUCGGGUCUGGUUCUGCAAUCGACGUCAGAAAGAAAAGCGAAUCAACUGCCCCAUGGCCACCCCCAUGAAGUCACCCAUCUACAACUCAAGGCUGGUCUCUACUACAGGGUCUCUUGGUCCCCUCUCUGUCACUCCUGUUCACAGCACCAUGCCUGGAGCAGUGACGUCAUCCUGUUCCCCUGGGAACAACAGCAGACCUUCGUCUCCUGGCUCAGGACUCCAUGCCAACAGCCCCAGUGUAUCUCAGAAUCACUCAAAAGCAACAGUGAACUCCAGUUUUAACUCCUCUGGAUCUUGGUACCGAUGGAAUCAUCCCACCUACCUCCAUUGAAACCAGAGAAUCUCUGCCACUGCACCUGACCCUGUUUCCCUUGUUGCAUGGAGGGAAGUCUCUCUCUUGCCUUUGGAUUAUGGACCAACUUCUUUAAGAAGAGGAGAGGAGACUCCCCUGUCAACAAGUCCAAAGUCUUGCCUUCUUCAGUAGCAAGAGGCUCAAGAGAUUCAAACUGUGAUUGCACCAUUUGUUGACUCUUAAUGCUAUUGAAAUAUAAAUAUACCCCUCCCCCUAGGAGUUUGCCAACCUCACCUUCCCUUCCUGGGACCUUCUCAUAUAGUUCGAAACACCUGCGGUGAUUUCUCAUGCCUAGGUCUUUUGGAAGAAGGAGGCCUUGUUCAUUCCUUCAUAGCUCAAAGGAGUGCUUCUCAUGAGAACAGUCUUCCUAGCAUGCCACACCACACCACAAAUACAGAUGGGGCUAUACUGAUUUUAACUAUAAACUGAGCCAUGGUCACCAAAUUCAUUUCAACAGAGAGUUAUAUCGAAAUUUGAACCUGGUGCUGCCUACAAGGCCCCUCUGUUUCAUUCCUUUAUCUGUUCAAAGUUUUUAGGUCUGCAACUCUUUUCUCUUCCUUUUUCUUUUAUACACAUCCAAAUCUACUUAUAUUUGUGUGCUUCCCCACUGCUACUUACCCUCCCCUUAUUUGCAGAAAACUAAGCUCUCCUUAGUCUCCUUGAAGUGAUCUCUUACCUUGUCUGGACUCAGAGAAUGUUGUUUUUCUAUGUAUUUUUUUCUUUCCCUCCUUCCCUGCUCUUCUGGGCUUUCUUGGAUAUGGAAUGGUAGAAUUAAAUGUGUAUACACACAUAAAUAAUGGCAACUACAUACUUGUAAAUAGCCCUCCCGCUCCCUACUUCUUUUUUUUUUUCUUCUUCUUUUUGCAGUAUGCUCUUUCCUUAAGAUGGAAUUUUCAACGUAUGUUACUCAGGUGCAAAUUUUGAAGACGUGUAAUAUUUUCUGUUUGUUUUUUUAAAGAAAAGAAAAAUACCAAAGUGUGAAAUAUUCUGGUAGCUUUCAGAGUUCCUAGAACUUAAGAGUUGGGAAAGACUUCUGAGAUCAGGAAACUGAGGCCUGAAGAGGUAAUGACUUCGUCACCCUGGUGAUGGUCAGUAGCAGACAGAUUUUGAAACCAGAUCUUCUGACAUAAGACACAGGGAUCUUAUCAUUCACUAUACCAUGCUGCCCAAUUACCCGACUGGAAAGAGCAUCUUAGUUGAUUUUCCGGCAAGGCAUUUGGUUAGAAGGGAUGGCAGAGAGAUAUCUCUAUUGUCCUUUUCAGUGGUCUAGUGGGUAGUAAUGUAAUAUGAAGCCAUUCCAGUUAGACUCAGGACAAGGCAUUUGUGUUUGGUAACCAAGGUUUGAAAGUUGUAAUGCCUUGUGAGUUACCCUUCACUAGAAUAUAUGGCUUAACAUACAACAAAGUAGAUACCUAUUUGCCAACAGGAAUGGAAGAUGUUUAUAGAAAUAUGUGUGUACAAGCUUAUAUGUCAGUGUGUAUAUAUUCAUAUGUGUAUAUGCAUAUAUGCACAUAUUCACAUGCAUAUAUGGAUACAUUUGCAUAAACACAUGCAUAUUAUAAAUCUAUGUACAUACACCCACACAGAUACAGCAUCCCAAAAGAUUUUGUGCCAUAUUCAGUUAUCAAAGUUUAAAACAGCACUAAGACUUUGGGGACACCCUCCAUAGAAUUCCCCAAAUCUUAGAGUUAUAGGGGCACUCAGGGGCCAUCUAGUCCAAUCCAUAUAUGGCCAAGAAGCCCUUCUAGAACACACUCAAUCAUUGGUCAUCCUUUGCAGGAAGAUCUUUAAUAAUGGAGGAACUUACUGCCUCCCAAGGUAGUCCAUUCCACUUUUGGAAAGCUAUAAUUAUUAGGAAGUUUUUGCUUAUAUCAAACCUAAAUGUGCAUCUUUGCAACUUCCAUUCCUAAUUGUUAAUUCAGCUCUCUGGGGCCAAUUGGAACAAGUCUAAAUCUUCUUCCCAGUGAAAACUCUUCAAAACUUGAAAGACACAAGGUAUCAUGUCUACUCUAAGACUUUUUUUCAGGCUAAAUAACCCCAGUUCCUUCAACCAAUACUCAUGAGGCAAGAUCUUAAGGACCUCUAUUACUCUGGAACCUUUCCUCUUGAUGCUCUUUGCUUGAUCAAUGUGGUACUAAAAAUAUGACAUUCAGGAUUGAACAUAGAACUCUAGAUGUGACCUGUUCAGGAUGGAAGAUGGUAGAAUCAUUUCUUCCUUACUUCUGGACACUAUGAGGAAAGUCCUCAUGAAGCCCAAGAUUGUAUUCAUUUUCUUGGCAGUCAUAUGUCACACAUACAUCUACAUAGAUACAAUGUCCCAAAAGAUUUUGUGCUAUCUCUUGUUGACUUGUUAAGCUUCUAAUCCUUUAACACCCCUCCCCUCUGAUUUUAUUCUAUAUGAACUACUGUCUACCCACACUUUCUAUUUAGGAAGUUGAUUUUUUUUAAACCCAAGUGUAAAAAAAAUAUAUUUAUCCCAAUUAAAUUCCAUGUUAUUAUAUUUGGCUCAAUUUUAUAGCUUGUAGAGAUGUUCCUAACUAUACCUCCUAUCCCUCUUCAUCUUCGAAUUUGAUAAGCAUGUUAUCUAUGCCUUCAUCGAAGUCAUCGAUAAAAAUCACUUAAAUAGCACAGAAUGAAGCAGAGAUCCCUGGGGCUCUUGACUGGACAUUUCUCUAAAGGAUAACAUUAAACGAUUUAUGAUCAUUCCUUGGGUCUAGCUGUUCGAUCAUUUCUAAAUCCACCUAACUGAACUAUUAUCUUGACUAUAUCUCUCUGUCUUGUUGGUGAAAACAGGGUUAGAGAUGUCAAAUGCUUUGCUAAAAUCUAGGUAAACCAUAUCAAUGGAAUUCUCAUGAUCUAUCCGUCAAACAAUCUGGCCCAUAAGGUUAAGCUGGCAUGAUUUAUUCUUAGUGAAGCCAUGGUGGGUCUUUGUGAUUACUGCUUCUGUUUUAAGUUGUUCAUUAAGCAUCCCUUUAAUAACAUUAUUAACAUGCUCCAGGUUUCAAAAGAGCUCAGUAAUCUAUAGUUUGCAAACUCCAUUUUCUCCCUUUUCUUAGGGAGAGGAAAGAAUUGAGAAAUUUGCCCAUCUCUGGUCCCAUGGUACCUCUCUCAUCUUUCAUGACCUCUCAGAGAUCACUGACAGUGGCUCAGUAAUUCAAUACUUUAGUUCUCUCAGAACAGUACAAAUUUGGGGGUGGGAUAGGGUGGAAAAAGAGAAUAUUUAUGUUACUAAUUGCUUUUCUUAGCCCAUUAUAAAAUUAAUAUAGCUAGUGUUCACAAAGUGACCAAUAGGUUUAAAAAAAAGUUCAUAAAUGUGAGGGGUGAUGCUGGAAAUGACUUCAUAAUAAACAUUUGUUCAGAGAAUAUAAUGAGUAAGUAAUCUUUUUCUAGAUACAACUAUAUUCUUAUGAAUGAAUUUAUGAAUGAACAUUAAGAUCCUAUAUCUAUGGUGUCACAGAAUUAAAGGAGUGCUUUUGCCACUUAAGGCAAUGACUUCCUUAAGAUCAUAAAAUAUCUAUCACAAAAAAGUAGUCAAAUAAAUUGUGGGUGAUAAAAAAGGGGGGCAAGAAAAGGAGGCAAAGGAGGCAGUAGAGGCCCUUUAGAUUUGUCUUGAGUACACAAUUGGUUAUAUUACCUUCAACAUGCGUAAGUAAACAUUUGCUCUUGUAGGCUUAUGUCUGAACCCAUAUGCACAUCUCCCUUUGCCUACCCCUUAUCCCUGAGCUAACAUCUUCCCACAUUAAUAAAAAUUUCGUUGUUACUUUGCCUCAAGGGAGUUCUACAAGCUAAUCCCAAGAUUCCUUUGUUUUAAUUCACAUACAUUUGGUUUUUAUUUAUAAAAGAAAUAAAGAGAAACAUGGCUUAACUACUCAGCUUCCAAUGGCUUCUAAUACUUAUGGACCAUGUCAGUUGCAGGGAAGAGACGAGCUUAAGGGUAACCUUCCAAUAUCUAUACCCCAAGCAAAACCCAUCAGUUCCAACUGGGUUUUCCUGUGGCUCAAACAUUUCCCUCAGCAGCUGUUUGCUAACAAUAGACAUCAUAUGAUCAUAUGAAUAUAGUUAUAAGGAGGUAGAGGAUGGGGAGGAGUUGGGAAUAAAGAUAAAUGAAUGGUUUUAUCCCUACUUAGAAGUAUUUUUUGCAUGCUUAAAUGAACUCAAAGACAAUGAAAAAUGUCAUCAGCUCCAGAGAGUCACCUAUUUUGCCCAAAGAAUCAGCAUGGGCCCCUAAUUCAAUUAAAAUAUUCCUAGAAUGCCUCAAACUAUCAUUCUUUCUCCCUCUGAUCCUUCAUGGUCAAACUCCUAGAAAGAAUAGUUUGCCUAAUCUUGCUGCUUCACCUUCUUCACUUCCUGUUCUGUCCUUGACCCCUUGACAACUUGCCUCCAUCUCCAUCAUCUAAUCACCACCCUAAAGUCACUAGUGACCUCCUUAUCACUAAAAAUCAGUGUUUUAGGUCCUUAUCAUGAUUGACUUCUCUGUGACAUUGGAUAUUUUGAGCAACUUUUCCCACUGACUUCGUUCUCUAUAUAUUUCUCUCCAUGGGCUUCUGAGACCAUUUAGGUUCAUGGUUGUUGUUUUUUUUCUUUCUACUUUUCAGGCCACCUAACUUUUUAUUUCAGGAUCCUCAUUUUCUUCUCUUCCCUUGAACACAGAUAGAUACCAAACCUGCCCUUUUUUCACUCCACACAUUCUCUCUCUAAGUGAUUUUGAACCUUUUCUUGGUAUUAAUUGCCCUUCCAGGCAACUGAUGAUCAAAUCUGAAUCUCCAAAGAGUCCUAGACCCAUAUUUAUGUUUAUCAGUAUAUUUAGUUGGCACUUCAAAAUCAACAUGUCUAAAAAAACAAUUAAAUAUUUCUUCCACAAAUUUCACCUUUUUUUCAAUUUCUCUAUUUUUGAAAUUAUCUGAUCAUUCUCCCUUCCAAGCUCAUUACCAUGUUCAUAUUUGAUUUGAUUCUGCUCUCUCCCUCAUCCCAAGCAUCCAAUUCACUUGUCAGGUCUUGUUAUUUCUACCUCUCAAUAUGUAUCUACUGUAACCAUCCUUAACCAGGCCUUCAUUUCUUCAUUCUUCUUAUCUAUCUUGUUAUAACAGCAUCUCUCAUGGUUUUCAUGACUCUAAUAGGUUCCCUGUCCAAUCAAGCUUCCAUAAUAUUGCUGGAGUAAUCUUCCACUACAUUUCCAUGAUUUCACUAUUCUAUUCAAAAGAUUUCAAUGGUUUCCCAUGGCCUAUGAAAAAAAUGCAUAAAUUCUAUAUUCUGGGAUUCAAAGCCCUUCAAAAUUUUGCUCAAUUUUCUUCUCUUUUCUCUCAUUUAAAUCCCUGUUGUGUAGCCAGCAAUCUGGUUAAUAUGGACCAAUCUCCAUCCUCUGCCCUUUUUCAUCUUUGGAUCUUUACUGACCUUGAGCACCCCUAAUCCUUAGAAUGGACUUCCUUCCUCGCCCUUUCCCAUCUCCAUUUGUUGAUGGGCCCCCCCUUCCUUCAAGGCCCAACCCAGAUUCAUUUUCAUCUAUAAAGCAAUUAAGCAUUUAUUUAAGAAACUUUCUCCAAUGAUCCAGGUAAAAGUGAUCAGAGUGAUCCUCCUCAAAUUUCUAAUAAAACUGCCAGAAUAUCUCCUUUGCUUUUACCCCACUUUCUCUUGUAUCAUAGUUAUUUGUAACCAUAUCUUUUCCCUAAUUAUAAUUUUAGCUCCUUGAGAGCAGGGUCCAUGUUAUAUCUAUCUUUGUAUUCCAGGAAUCUAGCACACAAUAUAUGUAUGUGUGU